UCUUGUUCUUGCUCUUGUCUUUGUCAGUCACCAUUUUAUGAUACCUUGGUGUUGUGUAAAGUGUUUGCGCUUUUAAACUUGUGGUAUUUUUAUUGUUUUCUUGUGGUUUAUCCUAGCUUGGUAAAAUUGGUGCUAUAAUAUUCUCCAUAUCCUGAGUACGGAUCUAAAUUUCUGGUCAAAUUUUGCUGGCUAUGCAUGGUCCUAAUUUGUGUCGAGAAGUCCGAACUUAGAGGACAACUCGAGUAAAUGCAAGUUACGCAGGCAGAUUCGGGUUCCCGCAAAAGACCAGGUGUGAACGAUACAUCACCACCUAAUUGUGAUAAAAUGAAAAAGUACAUUAGAUCUAAGAUAGAUCAUAAUGAAACUACUAGCCGUGCAUCGCCACCUUCACCAUCUGAUCCGUAUGCAUCUAGCUAUGUGAUAAAGGAAAAUGUGAAACCUGAAGUGCAACCUCCAUUACCUCUAGAUCCACCACCACCUGAUGAACCACCAAAUAUGGAUAUAGAAUUAAAGAAAGAAAUCAUAGACUCAGAUUAUCAGAGUCCUGGAGAGGAGUCGCCAGAUGCUUUAAGUCAAGAUGGAGCUGAUUUAAAAUCCAAUGAUGACGAUGAUGAUGAUGACUCUGAUAAACCAAAACCAAUGUGUAGAGAUUUUAUCAGAGGCACAUGUACACGACCAGGAACAUGCAAAUUUAGUCAUAAAUGUGAUAUAUCGCAACUGUAUGGUGUUUAUGUAUUUUGUAGAAACUACCAAAAUUCUGUAUGCACUCGUCCUAAUUGCAAAUACGUACAUGCCUCAGUAUUUGAAGAGCAGCACUUUUAUAGAACAGGUGAAUUGCCUGCGCAUGCUUUGGCUCAUCAUAAGAAACAUAUACUGCCUCCACCACCACCACCACCUCCACCUCAAGAAGCACCACCAAAUAUUCCACCAGUAUUUAAGGUUCCUCCGCCUCCAAUACGUGUGAGAAUGACCAGACCCCCUCCCCCCAUAAGUUGUAUUCCAACAAGCAAAUUAGAAGCUCGGCCGUUUGCAGAUAUAAGAGACAGUCCCAGCACAUCGCCAUUGAAACGCGAAUGGCCGUGUAUUAAUAAUUGUUCGUCCCGAGAUGAUGGUCCUGAUUCAGAAAGUGGUCAAAAAAGAUGCAGAAAUUGUAAAUAUAUAGAAUUGAGAUUCUUACAUGGAAGAGAAACACUGGUUCCGAUGAAUCUUAUAAGAGCAGAGUUAAUGAAAGAGAAGUGUGAAAAGUUGCAGAAGGCUACAUUAGAAAUGCAUAACCAAAUAGAUCUACUAAAUAAAAGGCGCGAGAAACUGUAUUCGACAUUAAUGACUUUGUUCAAACCAACGUACCAAGCCAAACCUGCCGCUACCAGUGGACCGAUAUCGUCGCCGAAUUCAGGGGAGAGGCAAACGUGGUUACUGGAGCAGAUGAGCAGUGCAAUCAAUUCCAAUCUUAUUCCUGGAAUGCAGGAUGAUGCAAAUAGGCACAUAAUUAAUGGCAAUCCUGUCAUGUCAAGCUUAGUAACAAAACUAUUGCAAGUUUAUAGACAACACAUGCUGUCAGAUCCUUCUAGAAAAACAUAACGAAGGUUAAACACGUGUAGUUGUAUAGAUGGACUUAGAAAAGAUGAAUUUAGUCAACAUCCAUUGAAAAUGCAGUGUACUUAUAUGCUUUAUAUUUCUAUGUUAUGCAAUACAACAGA